AUGUGCAAUGAUCUACCCACCCACCGACCUCGAAAACGGUUUCGAUCUUUGUAUGCGCAACCUCUUAUUGAGCAGACAUGCGGCCGCGACAUUGCCAGCGGCACCACUACAUCCCAGAGAAGUUAUAUCAGUGGAUGGGCGAAGAACAACGAGUGGCCAAAGGAAUUCUUCGAAUCGGACAAGAUGCAGCACAUGUUUUCAAAGAAGAAACCUUCAGCGGCUUCUCUUCGCCACCGAAACGGCCUGGAGAAGUGGACAGCAUACAGGUUUAUGAAGAACGUCUAUGACAUAUGGAUGCCGACUCACUUCAAAGGGAUCUGUUCGGCCAUUGACGAGUUGCCUUUGCUUUCUGAGCAGGAUUUGGAACUGCUCCACAGCUCAGAGCCGCAGGUUUCAGAGAGAUCAGGCCUCCCGCAGCGGCUUAAAGAGCAGAAUUGGGCGGAGGUGCAUGACAAUCAAUUGAGUCCCAUAGAUCUGCAACAAAUCACUCCAGAUGGGUCAACGCAAACGGACACGAAACCUCCCAAGCAGAAGAAGGGUAAGGCCUGA